CCCCUGGUUUGUUCUGCGGAUUGGUUCCUUGGUGGAUCGUCGUGCUUUAAGGAAAACAAUAAAGAUACAUGGAAAGGGGCAAAGCAAGGGUGCUCUGAGACCGGAGGACAUUUGAUGAAAAUAGAUAAUUCUGUUCAGCGCCAUUUUUUGAUUCGUUUUUUGGAAAUAUCUGGUCUAAAGGGAGCAAACAUAGAUGUAAGUACGAGUUAUUUAUUGCAGGCAUCACCAACUGUUAAAAUCAAACACAACGACAUGCUUACCCAUGCCGUCGCCUUUCUUUUGGUGUGCAGAUUUGUGCAUUGUUGAGUAAUCAGGUGCAACAUGCAUGAAACUAAGCCUGUUAGCACUUAAUUCAGACCGGACUGUCUUGGGCUUUUUCUAUGAUCGGGAGAGCGGCUCGGAGCCCCCCUCCACUUAUGAUCGCGCCUUCAAAUUAAAUUUACACAGAUCAAUCAUCAUUUCAUCAUUUUUAACCUAAGGUAUAAUUUCAACGAGGAGGGUUUGCGAGAAACGUAUUAUCAUCAGAUCUGAAGUAGUAUUUUCGCCAAUGUCAAUGAGAUACGUUUCCAUAAGGGGCUUAUCACAGAAUUGUAGCGUAGAAUUAGAUGUAAAAAGUUUGCGCUUGCUGAAGUCAUUUUAUGGUUUUCUCCAUGACCUUCCUUAUUUGUCCUUUUUUGAAAGUACGUUUGGAUCGAUAAAACCAAUAACUCAAAAUGUAUCCGAAUGAAGACAGACACUGGAACGAUGGAGGAUGGCAACUGUGAAGAGCUAAAGAACUAUGUUUGUGAAAAGCCAGCAAGAAGUAAGUAUAGAUCUUGUCAGAGUGUGUUUGAAAGUCUUUGUUAGGCCCGGGGGAGCCUCGUAUAAAAAAGGGUGACUCUUCGUCUCGUUUUUAAAAGUUUUGGAGUUUCAUACUUUUUGGUAUCGCUAAGAUUAAUUCUUGACAAAUGCACAAUGAUUUUACCUUUUUAAUUCGCUGGCCUGAGUGAGCUUGUCAGAUAUAUAACCCGUAAGUUAAUAAAUACCCAAGUGGCGAAGCUAAUUCUUUUGGAAUCUUCAAUUACCCCUGCAAUUCUCUACAGGUAGUAUUUGUUAUCAGUACCCAAGCACGAAUUCAUCUGUAACCAUUGCUGUCAAGUGCUCAUUCCCAGAAAACCUUUGUUUCAAGUUUGUGGCGAGUUACAAACAAGUCACCAUUCAAGGGUGUAUAUCCGCUGACCUAUGCAGACAACUUGAUGAUCAACAUUUGCACUGUUGUGAGGGAGAUCUGUGUAACAGUAGUAAGUAUAAUGGCUAUAGAAAAAGGAAAAAAAUAACAAAUUUAGGAACACGGUGUAAUUUUAUUUAAACUAAAGAGAGAAAUUGUUUCGUUAGAGUAAAAACUCCAGCCCUUUAAAGGAGAUCUAUUAAAAAGAAAAAAAAACUUAAAGGCGCAUAGAUUUCCAGUCUCUCUCACGAGUCUCAUUUGCAUACUAUAAAAGUCGUCACGAUUCUUAUUCCCAGUUUCCACGGUCUCCGCUAGGAACGCCUACGAGCGUGGCUUCCCUUUUGUGUCCUACAUACGAAGAAAAAAAAAACGGCUUGCAGAUUAUGACUCUAGGUGCCAUGCAACCUCGAGCAAUAAUAUUUUCCUGUCAGUGUUUUUACGAGGAAUGCACAUGUUCGACCAAUUGUUUAAGUGUAUAGUGAAGACUUCGGGUGAUGAUGCACGGCUAAUGGCAUAGCCGUAUUGUUCUUAAUUUGUGAUGUACGCUGAGUCGUCGAUAAAUUGACCACUUCCGAGUUCCAAAACCCUCACUUUCAAAAUGAGGCCAAGUGCACAACCUUUCUUGUGAGAAUGAGUCUUAUUUGCAUGAGCAUGAAAAAUCGUUUCCAUAUCAAAGGCUGAGCACUUAACCUCGUUUUGAUACAGAGGCCGGGGGGGACUCGGAAAUGGCCUAUUGAUAUUUCCAUUCAGGAUACUCUCUCUGUAUUUUUGGCUCAGUUUGUUUGUUUAGGUUGCACAAAAAAAGAGCUUAUCUUUUCUGUUUAUAAAUGCCCUCUCAGUUUAUGAGAAUCUUAACGGUACAGAAACUAGAACGUGUAAAAAUUGAAGUCUGUCAACCAGGCUAAUAAGCGUUGCAGUGGCGGAUCCAGGGGAGGAGCCCGGGGGACCCGGGCCCCCCUUAUUUUUAGAUCAAACUGAGACCCGAAGGGCCGAAAAAUAUUUUUUUGGAGACCGCCCCACUAGCCUGAAUUUCAUCCGAUUACUUCGAGUCGUUAUUACUCCCUACCGCCCCCCUUAUCUCAGGGUCUAGAUGACCGGGCCCCCUUCCUUACCUGAAGGUCUCGAUCGGCCACUGCGUUGUUAACCUCACGCAGGGGUUUAUGAGAAUCUUAACGGUACAGAAACUAGAAAGUGUACAAGCCUGUCAAGCGGGCUAAUAAGCGUUGUUCACCGCACGCAGGGGUGCUGGACAAUUCCCACAGUUCAACAGUUAAAUUGACAAAGCUGUAAGCAAAGAAAAUAAUGACGCCAUGUUAUCAUUUGCCAGACAUUUCUUGUACCAUUUAUAACAGAGUACUCUCGUGUUAUUUCAGUUGCAGUAAUAGAAGCAACAAAAUCCACACUGAGAAAUGAUACAACUAUUAGUAAGAUCAUUUAUAUAUCACUUGGUGUCACCUCCGCCAUUUUGCUGUUGGCAAUCGCUAUUAUUGUCUGGUGCUACAGAAGGACGAAGAAAAAGACUGUUCAAAGGUAUGAGCCGUUUAUUCAGAUGUGUCAACCACAUCGUACAGCGUGCUUCUAUACUAGAAAGCUUAAGCAGACACGUUUUUGAGCGACGCACAAAUAAUCAACCGGAAGUCAGGCCUUCUCUCUUUUAACUAUGCAUUUGAUCGCUUCCAAUGUGAACUGCCAAGUGUCUUGUACUCUUAUAAAGACGGCAUGUCUACACUUUGGGGCAAAACCACUGUCCAAGACUGCAAAAAAGUUAACUCCUGGUUGGCGAGCUUCGCUCAAAAACGGUUUUUCUUAAUAAAUCCUGCUUUUAUCAUUUUUAUCUUGUUCGUCUUCUCCAGAUUGCCUUACCCACAACUCGAGAUCAGGCGUCUUGACGAGUGGGAAAUUCUGCCUGAGCAAAUAGAGAUCGAGGAAGAGCUAGGGAGAGGAGCGUUUGGUGUGGUUUAUAAAGCAAUCUUUAGAAAGAGAGUUGGGAUGGAGGUGUUUGAUGCCGAAAUUACAAAGAGAACUUUACUAUCCGACAAAAAGCCACCUCAAGUUGUUGCCGUCAAAGGUUUACAUGGUAAGAAAUAUUGCUCAUCAACAAAAGAUAAAGACACGAAAGUAGUAAAGAGCACACCGAAUUAUCCUUUCGUGAGAAGGAGUAGCACCAAUUUUUGCACUUGAAGUAACUACAAAACCUGUCCAACGGGUCAAAGCACCUAAAUAUAGCGAGUGACCCUAUCUUAACGAGAUCUUCCCUCAAUUUAUUCAUGAGAUAAAGACAAAAGGCUAAUAAUGACAUCAUGGUCGUUUAUGCAUCCCUGUGCUAAAAAGGAUAAUUCGGUGCGCCCUAUACUACUCAUUAAUUCUUUUUUUGUGAAUUAUUUUCGCACCAUUUGAAUAUAACAACCCCAGUUUUUUUAAAAAGUAAACGAUUUUCUGCCCAACCGAAUGACAUCGCACUAAAAAGGAGAACAAAAUAUUCCGCUGAACCGGACUUCCGAAGGAAUUGAUUAACUAGUGCUUGCUUUAAAAAAAGACAACAAAAUCAACAAACUUAUAUCAUUUUUGUGCUUCGUACUCAAUCCUUUCUCCAAUUUUCUUCCGUUUAUUACUUUCUUUGUUUCUUUUCAAAAGAAAAACAGGCAAUAAUCUUGACCCCCGAAGGCAGAACCAAAAUGCGAAUACGCAUACAAUUGUACGUAGGCACGUAUCUGUAAUGACACGAUGGUCCGUAAACCAAUCAAACCUUUGUCAACUUAUUUACGAGAUUUCAUUAUACGAUCGACGAAUAUAUAUCUGUCUAUUGUGAGUCAAAAGAAGAAUGGGGUGUGAAAGAAAUGAAUGUAGCACAUAAUGCCGUCACAUUAAAGAAUGAAAAUAAUGUCUGUGUAAUUGUUCUUAGAUGAUCCAUCUGACGCGCAGAAAGAAGAGUUCACCUUCGAAAUCGAGCAGAUGAAGUUGUUGGGCUCGCACAAGAACAUUGUAUCUUUGGUUGGAUGGUACACACUUAAGGAUCAAAACUUCCUGGUUGUAGAAUACGUUCCGUUUGGUGACCUUCUUACGUGGCUUCGCUGCAGAAGAAAAGAGGUAACAAACAAAACUUAAGAAAAUUAUACAAUUUUAAAACUGAAUUACACUGUGUCACAAACGUCCCUUGGCUUCUAUUGAAAAACUCCUUCCUUCAUCGAACUCCGCUCUAGGCUGUUCUUACUUCCCUCCCGUAGCUGUUCUUAAUGUUGAGGUUUGUUUAUAAUGGAACGUGCACUUAGCUUAUUUUGCUAGUUUUCAAGCACUCCACUCAAAUAAUUAUAUAACCCUCUCUCCCGUUUAGCCUGGGGCGUCUAGGUCAAUGCCUGGCGUGUGGUGAUUCUUUGUUUCUUUAGAGUAUGGCCAAUCCAACCCUACUUACCCCUUCGAAUAUGUUUUCCUUUGGUUUUCAAACUCCUUUCAGUCACAUCUAUUUUUUUACUUUCUCGGGCCAGCUGCUCGUAACUAAAAUUAAUUGUGCCACACAAAACAGCUGAUAAACGUCUGGUCCCAGUUGGCCAAAUGUUGAAUAGCCGAAUCCACCCGAUAAAUCACCCGACUUCCAGUGGAUAAGUAUUAGGGAAACCUAUUAUGAUUCCACGAGAUAGAAGAAUUUAUACCUAGAUAGCGGUAUCCUCCGUUUGAACAAAUGAGGCCUGAAUUUUUUGAAAUGUCUUGUCAUUCACCAUGUAUCUAAUCCAGGGAAGUAAUCGUCCGUAGAGAAGAUGGAAUUCACAUUUGAAUUAAAGAUAGUUUUGUUCUUGUCUCUAUUUCCUUUGGUGCCCAAAAGUUCUGGAGGGUAAUAAAGCCUGCCAUAACUUUGCCCACUAGCAGUGAUAUCUCGGCUCGUGCCUCCUCUAACAAACUGCCUGGAUAGGCGAAGAAGUCAAGUUCCUCUGUGGGCUAUCCACAUAAUGAGACUGGAGUGGUAUUAGCCAAGUUCCCAGUCUUUUCGUUUUGUUUUAGAUCUGUCACGUGUGGCUGUGACUCAAGUCACAAGCAAAGUCAAAGUCUUUGGGUUAUGCUAGGAAAUCUAGUUUGCUCAAUCCUAUUGUUCCUUCCGGCCCCAUCCUUGUGGUUUUAUGAUCCAGUCGGACCGGGAAGAAACAACAGGGGUGAAAGGCGACAUUCCUGUAGGACGCCAAUCUUGAACUCAAAGCUCUCAAACGAUUGACCAGCAUGUGGCCGUCAGUGUAGAAAUUAGCUAGGGAGGCCUUACAGGAGUGCUUUUUUUCCGUAAGGGCAAAUUCUGUGGAAUAAUAUUUCGGCAAUUGGGCAAGCUUUUUCGGCCAAGGGGGCUUAAUAUUGGGUACCAUCUCGGUCUGAAAAGAACUUUCCUAAUAUCCAUAAAAUAAAGAAGUCGUUCCCUUUUCCCAAAAGUGUACUACAUCCCUUCCGUCUCAUAACGACCACCUCUGUGACCAAGAUGGCUUUUGCAGCUAGAUGUGAGGAGAUUCGACUGUAUCCUUAGUACAGCGCAGGGGCGAGGGGCAAUCUCUAUUGUUUCAUGUGUUUGUCUUUGACUGAUUCAUCACUACCAGCUUGACGUCACAUAGUAACGGGCGAGAGGUUCGGGUCGCUAGUGCAAAUUUGCAAGGGACUCUAUGGUCAUUCGAACAAGAGAGGUCGGGGAUAAGAUUUAAAACUAGGCAAAUAUUGCUGUACAUGUUGCUUUUAUCUGCUUGUGUAAACCGCCUUGGUAUUUUGUGCCCGUCAUUGUGUAAUUUUGUUAAUUUGUGUCGCGGACCGUGUUACGGAAUCGCCAUCUUCUUUACAGGACCAGCAAGGGCAUAAAAAAUUUAUAAAGUUCAUUUUUUCUCCAAAAUAAGCAACGCCUAGUCUCCAGAAUAGGAGGUUCAAUUCAGAGGUCACACACGUUUAUAUUCCAUAUUCUUUCGCGAAUUAAAUCGGCUGUACUUCUGAUCAAACUCUUCGAGAGUGUGGGCCUCUGUUUAUUUCUAAUUUCUCCACCAAAUUCAGUACAGCUAGCUAGUUUGAUCGAUUUUCUACAACGACCGGUCUUUUGAACCCCAAAUAAUACGAAAUGGCUUUGAAAUACGUGCUUAACCUAAUUUUUCCUCGAACGUAUCUUUCAAUUCAUGAUAAAUACAGCUCUACCAGCUCCUAACAGCGUCUAUGGCAGAGAAAAACGGUUUUUUAACAAUUUACUUCACCAAACACUGCGUGGCACCGUGGUGCAGUGGUUAAGGAGUUGCUUGCAGUUACAGAUGAACUAGGUUCUCCCGCUCCAAUCGAAGCAGUUUUUUGUUUCUCAAUUUGUACAUUUUUUUUCUGUUAAUAGUUUUUGUUUUAAUCUUGUUUUUUCCUUUGGCUUGUUUCCCCUUACUGCUUACUCUUUACAACUUUGCGAGUUUUUUGCGAUAACUGGUGGUGAUCAGUGAACCUAUGUUUACCUUAGAGAUGGCCCCUCCCUCCUUGUUCAACUCAAUAUUUUCAUGAGCUAAUAGGUGAAAUGUGCUUGAGUUCGUAUAGAAGUAACUCAACGAUUAGGUCAUCUUUGGAUUAUCGUUUUGGUUGCUUAAAUUUUACGUACAUAUUGCUAUUAGGUCAUUGUAAACGCGCAUCUAUUUUGACAUCGUCUUUAAUUUAUUUGUAUUCAAACUGAUGUCGUUAAUUGUUGGACAUCAAGAUCAACAAACAUCGAGCCUCCGAGCGUUCAUAUGACAACAAAGAGGUUUUGAGCGAUCAGGGGAAAUGCAGAUAUCAAGUAAGUUCCUUAACUUUGCACAUACCAGCUCUAUCUGUUCUUAAUAAUAAAUUAUAUCCUUUACUUUGGUCCAGACUGUUCGUUUGGGUGUUUGUUUAUCUCGGGAGCGCGGGGGGAAUUCGGAAAUGUCCUUACAGGAAAGCUCCGUCCCAAUACCAACUUAAUAGCACUUUAUUUAGUAUACGUUUUUGGACAACUAAUACAGUGUACCCUUUCUCUGUACCUCCUAUUUGAAAAUGGUACUCCUUUCACAUACCUUCUUAAGAAAACUGGGUUCACUUACAAUCUUUGCCGACACAAUGUUCGACUUGCUCAUUGGUUCCAUCACACCCGCUUCCGCCGUACUGGGGAGAGGGUUCGAUGCAUGAUCUGCUGCGUUUUUUGUAGCUCAAACCACAUGUUUGGAAUGAAGUUAAUAAUGGAUGAUACUGGAACCUAAAUAAGAAAACCAAAUAGAAUUUUCCAUAUGGUGCACUAGUACGCAACAUUUUAAUAAAAGGCUCUUUUAAGUAAAUACCUAAAUGACAAAUUUCCAAACAUUUUCGUUUUGACUUCAACAAGUAUAAUCUCUACCGCCUUAUUUUCCCGAAGCCUGAGACCUUUCGGGCGGAACCUCUGAUCUACCUCAAGUUUCAAUUUCUGAUAAUAGACAGAUAACAUGUUCUUUUUCUUUCCUUUCUCUCGCACAGGAAAAAAAUUUUACUAAAGAACAGGUAAAGGAAGCAGAAAAGACACAAACGAACAGGGAAAUAGUGUUAAAAGAUAACAGCGAGGUGGAUACUCAGGGUGUAGCGUCGAUUUCUCGUAAUCUCCUUGUUGUAAGACAGUAGCGCAUAAUUUGUUUUAAAAUGAAGUAUAUUUUUAUUCGAUGAUGGGAGAAUGGAUGCAUAACGAGAAUAGCUACUCUCCAUACGUACUUUUUCGUUAACUGUUUUCUUCUUCCUGCACACUUUUCAGUUGCUAAUUGCCGUUUAUUUACGAACAAGCUAGGUGGCCUGAACAUGUACAGGUCAGUUUACAGCUGGUUUUACGCCAUACAAGACUCCAUUCAACUUACUCUGUCUCACUUUUUUAUCAAAAUAUUUAGGAUGAGAAAUUCAAAGUAACUGACAAAGAAUUUCUAUCCAGCCCAUCAGCAUCACCAGGAACAGCAAGUCAAGCUUUUAAUUCUGCAAUGUCACUUUCAAUCGAAAACCUAAAGGAGUCAGACGAGGUUCUCUGUGACGAAGAGAGCUUUUCUACCGAACAACUGUUUUCACUUGCAUUGCAGAUAGCUAAAGGAAUGGUAAAUACUAUUAUUUUCUGGAUAACGUUGCAAUGAUCCUUGAUUUGACAAAACGAUGGGCAAAAUAGAGAAUGUAUACUUUUAGCAAUGAUUUUUAAAAACUACAUAUGAUUUCGGCGUUCUUUCGAUCAAACGUUCUUUUUAUAGAGCUAGCCUGAAUGGAAACGGAUUUUCUUACAGUGUGUCGACCACAGUUUUGACUCAUUCGCGGCUUUUCUAUUACUUUUCCAAACCUGAAUGUUUGUCCUAGAUGCACACAUGAUAUUGUAUGUUUCAUUUACUCCAUAAUUCUUUGGCUUCAGCAGUACCUCCGUCAUAGGUUAUUAAGGGCUCGAUCCUACCUUCAGCUAUUUAAUGCUAGCAGUGUGUCAUUAUUCUCAUGAUUGAUAUACAAUUUUGCCAUAUAUUUCUUCAAUUUUUAAUAGAAUCAUCUCGCGGAAAACAGGUUUGUUCACAGAGACCUUGCUGCCCGUAAUGUCCUCGUUGGCCAUGGAAACCAGGUCAAAGUGGCAGACUUUGGGUUGAUGAGACAGAUAUAUGAAGAUGUGUACAGCUCAGGGAAGUCCAAAAAACUUCCUGUGAAGUGGAUGGCCCCAGAAUCACUUUAUCAAGGCCUUUACACUACCAAAAGUGAUGUGUAAGAAAACAAUUACCUCAUCUGGGCAACGGAACCAUUUUUUGAAAUGUUUAAUUACCAGAAAUUCGGCUCAGGAGAAAAUUCGCAAAUAGAAGUAACAAACUCGCUAGAUGUCAUGCAACAAUUCCAGUGACAAACAAUUUCAGGUUUAUACCUUAUAGCACGAAAUAUAACCGUGACGUUAACCCCAGAGAAGACAAAAUCAAACCGUAUGAAUGGUUUAUCUUAUCUUAUUGUCUUGAAAACAGACCUCUGGAGCCAGGGCACUUUAAGGAAUGGACGUGAAGAAAUUAAUUUUUUUAACAUUUCUUUUUUUUUUUAGUAAUACUUGAUUCAUGUAAUCAAAAUUUCUUUAGGGGUUUAAAUCAAAAUUUGCGACCAGCAUUUCCGCCCCUUUCAUGCGGGAGUCCCCCCUAGCCUUAAACAUAGACUAUGCAAAGUUGAAGGAAAAUUGACUUUCAUCCGAGAGGUUACUGUAUCUAAAUAAUCAGAGGGCGACAAGCAAAACGGUUAACAAAAUUUAAACGACAGCACUUGCUCGUGGAUUUCGACCUGACAUUGACGUGAGGUUCCUGUUCACCACUGUAGCAUGCCGUUACUGGGCUGAGGCCUGGUUACUCAAGUCUCUUCCUUAUGUUUGUUCUAAAACUGAGGGGAGAUGUUCUAACAGCCAAAUGAACUUACGCUGUUCAAAUUAUAGGGGCACCCAACGACGGUUUCCUCCUAAAUGCAUUGAAAACACUUUUUAGGCUAUCCAGGGAGUUCUUAGAUCCCCAGAAAUGAAUUUUAAGCGGCGCUAUAAAAUUUGUAUCUGUUCGGUCAUCCUAGGGGAACUUGAGUCUUUUCGAAAUUACAAGGGCCUCAGUAUCAUUUUCUCCAAAAUUUUAGAUGCAAUUUUAAGUUUUACAAAAGUGAGAAUUUUUCUGAUUCGUCUGUCCAUCGCAUUUUCGAAUCCGAAAGUUUUACUUUUGCUUUUCCUAAGAAAACUGAAUAGCCUAUUAAACCUGGAGACUAAAAUGCGAACAAUUGAACUUAAGAAAAUCGUAAGGAAUUUACUAGGUAUGCUUCGAAAAUUGUACAUGAAUGGAACGGUCGUCUAUUCUAGAAAUUUUUAGCCUUCCUCAGGCUAAAGAAAUUUCUAGGGAAUCUUUGCUUCUCCGAACAGAUAUUUUACGAAAACGGUGUUUGGGUGACCCUGUUCAAAGCAUCUCUUUCUGCAAAUUUGUAAGAAAGGCGUGAGUUUGCGCAAAGUGAGCGGGAAGUCAACCGACUCAUACUUCUGACUGUUUGACUGACUGUUUAUUUAUUAUGGCAAAUUUUAUUGCCCUCUGUAAAAUUUGCCAUAAUUAAUAAACAGCCAGUCAAAGAGUCAGAAGUAUGAGUCGGUUGACAAUUGCAUCAGGUCGUGCUUUCAUCAAACAAAUAUGAGAGUUAAUAGUAGAUAAUAGUGGGCUAUGAAAAGACUAAACACAAUGAUUCUUUACAUAUUCAUAGGUGGGCUUAUGGUGUUCUUCUUUGGGAAAUGUCUACCUUGGGUAAGUUUUUACGGCUUAAAACCAAUAUUAUCUAGUUACCUGCUAUGGUGAAUUAUAGCAGAAACCCAUGAGUUUCUGAUUAUAGUUAAUAAACGACGAUACAAUCUACAAUUAAAAAAGCUUUCCAGAAAAAAUGAAAUGUAUUCUUAUAAAUAUGUGAUUAUCACUUUUUUACCAGGAGGUGUACCAUACCCCACGCUGACCAACACGGAGUUAUAUCGACUGCUCGGCGCUGGUUAUCGCAUGGAAAGGCCUGACAUGUGCUCUGAUGACGUGUACGUUACUUUACUAAGAUCGUUUUAUAACAAUUAUUUAUUAACAGAUUUGAUUUUUUUCCGUGCCUUUGUUUUGUUGCAAAUUACAUAGAACGUCACUCCAGACUAGAGAAAUAUCAAAUUAUUUGCCUAUAUUUUUUAUUUUCAUCCAGCUGAACAGCCACGUAAAGUGAUCCGUGUUUCAGAAUCCGGAAAAUUUUUGCUAGUGGAAUCUGAAAUCCUGGGAUUUGGAAUCCAGAGUUUAGUUCUAAGAAUCCAGAAUCCCUCUAAUGAUUGGAAUCCCGAGUCCAGGGUCCACUGGCAAGGAAGCCGACAGAGCGGAAUCCAGAACCAAGGCUGUUUUUGAUUCAUGCACAAGGGGCGAAUAACUACUCACAUUAUUAGCUGGAAAUAAGAUUUAGGCCUGCGCAUUCCGAAACUAUAUACGUCAACGGCGCAUGUCAGAUAAUUGGGUGGAUGAGGCGUGAUUCAAUUUUAUAAGCGUUAGGGUCAGGUUACUCUGUUAUAAAAACACGGGCUAACGAGGGAUUGAAACUGUAAUUGACCGCCAUUGAUUAACCUCGUUUCUUAUUCAUAACAGAUAUGAGCUGAUGACUGACUGUUGGAAGGAGGAACCUUGCUCUCGUCCCAGUUUCUUUCAGCUGAUCGAAAAACUGGAGGUGAUAAUGCAGAGGGAUGCACCAUACUUGGAUCUAGACAAACACAAUGAAGAUCAUCCAUAUUACAACGUGCCUCCUGAAGCAAGUGGUGACGAAGAAGGCAAUAUGGAAAAGGAGGAACCCCAAGACGCAACAAGCAUAGAUAGUUAUUUAUAA